AUGGGAAAAAUCCAAGAGUAUGAAAAGGUAUUCACCGAUACUAGAGAUGAGGCGUUAGAGUACAAGAAGGAAUCCGCGGCUUUACUGGAAACUCAAAAAGCAAAGUACAUGAGACAGAUCUCCAAACAGAGGGAGACGCACAAGAAUACAGUCCACCAUUUAAAGAGUGAAGUCCAACUGCUUCAGAAUGAACUCGACACCAAGGUGACUGAUUUGACUCAAGCGCUGCAGCUGACACAAAACUCGUUCGAACAACUGAAGCAGCAGAGCUCUGAGAAGAUCGCUGAACAGGCCACGCAACUUCAGCAGAAAAAGGAAAAAAUCAGUUUCCUUCUCAAAGAUACUAAGCUACAGGUUAAAUUUACUGAGUCAAAAGUGAGAGAAGAAACUGAGGAUAUCAUUAAUAACUACCAUCCUCGAAUCACCCUGUUGGAGAAAGAUGUAAAAGAGUAUAAGGAGGCUUUCGAGCAACAGAAAACAGAAAUUGAGAAUCUUAAAAAGGAUGGUGAACAAAAAUACAAAAUUAUCUGUAUGCAGGAAAAGGAGAUUAAGUACCUUCGGGAAGAUAUUAAGAAUAUAAAGGACCAGCUGGACGAAGAACAGACCCUCAAUGUAAGGAUGGAAUUGAAAAUCAGUUAA